UACCUUCCACUCUGGCGUCAGUCAUGUUCACGAAGUCGACCAGAUAGUGCCCAAGCGAUUAGUACGCGAUAAAACGUCGAGAGAGAGAGAACUGUGUGUACAUAGUUUUUUGUUUCAAACAUUUUUUUAUCAAACAUACUUUGUGAAGUGUUUCUAAGAAUUAGUUUUUUAUUUCAAAAUGAUUACUUCGAGCAACCAGUAUAUUAGACCGGAAUAUUUAACUCCUUUACCAACAACGUUAGAUGCAAAGAAAAGUCCGUUGGCGUUAUUAGCUCAAACUUGUAGCCAAAUUGGUGCUGAUACAACCAACAACAAACUUUUCCAAACAUCCGAUAAAUCCAAAUCGAAAUCGGAUAACAAAGAAAAAUCCGAUUCGAAAUCGAAAUUCGAUUUAAAUCAGGGAAGAGAAAAAUCGAGAACACCCGAAGAUAAAUCAACAAAUCGAAGAACACCGUUAGGUGCAAAAACCCCUCAAAUUUCAAAUGGAAGGUGUUCUAGCAACCAAAGUGCAACUUCGCCAAGAAGUUCCCCCAGUAAUUCAGAAAGAAAAACUCCAGCCUCGAAUCAAAUCGAAGUUGCGGAAGAUUUAAAGACGAUUUCGAAGGAAUCAUCCGAAAGAAAAUCCCCUCAGUCUCCAUCGAAACCAUUAACUUCAUCGAUUGCAACUUCCAGUAGUGACCCGGCGAUUAAAGAUUUACCUUUAGGGACUUUUAAACCUGGUUCGAUUCCGGUUUCUACGUCCUCGUUUUUGGGGGCUUAUCCACCGCCAGGUCUUCCACUUGGAAUGGAUUUGAUGACAUCUAGUUUAAUGUCUCAACAUCACGCAGCGGCAGCUUUAAAAUCAUCGUUACCUUAUCUGAAUUAUUCAAGAUUAAAAAAUCCAGAUUUAGUUCCCGUUUGUAGAGAUCCAUAUUGUACAGGAUGCGGUUUAAGUUCACAUCUUCUUGGACAAACACCGAAAACUUCGUGUCCAGCAGGGUGCACACAAUGUGAUCACGCAACAUCGAAAGCAAGUUAUGUUCCUCAUAGUCCAGCGGCUGCAGCUUACGCCCACGCUCAAUUAGCAGCUUUAGCGGCCGCUUCACAUCUUCCGUACGUGUGCAAUUGGAUUUCGAGUGAUGCUUCUUAUUGUGGAAAACGUUUUUCGAGUUCAGAUGAACUUUUAACACAUUUGAGGACCCAUACUAGUGUUACUUCGGAAGCUAGUGCUUUAUCGAUGUUAAGUGCACCGGGGAUUCCCGCAACACACCCGCUUCUUCACCGAACAUAUCCAACUCCACCGUUAAGUCCUUUGGCAACAGCUCGUUAUCAUCCUUACAGUAAACCGUCCUUGUUACCACCGACGUUAACAUCAUCGCCGUUAACAAGUUUUCCUCUUGGACAUCCAAGUUUAUCACCAUAUUUAACACCUUAUUCAUUGUAUGGACCUAGAUUAGGUGCGGCACCCGGAAUGCAUCCAUAAUUUUAAACGAAAAUUGUUGAUUUGACUGUGAAAAAGAAACUGUGAAAAUGAAUUUGAUUAAAAUAAAUAAAAAUAAAAAAACUAGUCGCCCAAGAAAAAGAUUAAUGUGACUGUGAAAGAAGUGGAAAUUAAAGAGGAAAAAUACACGGGCUAAACACGAGAAACGAUUAAAAAUAAAAUAACUAGAAAGAUUAAUUUUUAUCGUAAACUUGUGACUGUGUGAUAUUAAUUUUUAAAAAAUACUUCUUAAUAAAUUAAUGAUUGCGAUGUAUAUUUUGCUCGAAGGUGUGUUGUAUAUACAAUUCUAUAAUAAUAAAAUAUAUAUAUAGGUAUAUAUGAGAAUAUUAUAUAUUAUUAUUGUAAAUGUACUGUUUUCCGUGUAAUAAUAACAAUGAUAAUUACUCGCAUCCAGAAAUGUUGUCUCAUGGUUGUGCCGCUCUCAAUUUGUAUAAAUGAAUUUAUUAAUUAAUUAAAAAUAGAGUUUUGAGGUAAGCCAAAAAUGUUCUUUGUAUUUUUGUUCGAUUAUCAUUUUUCUUUCAUUCGUGUGGAUGUAAAAAAAAAUUGAUGGCAAAAAAUAAAAUACUAUUUUUGCUUAUAAAUGUAAUACGGAUCUUCAUUCGGUUUCUUAUGGUUAAACAUUAAUUAAAACAAAAAAUCUACACUACAAAUCAUAUCAUUGUGACUCUUGUAAUAUGUAUAAAGAAAAAAUGAAAUAAAAAUAUUUUUAUUGUUAAAGAAAUGAAAA